GUGGCUUAAAGCGACAUCAUACUAUUGUUAAAGGUUAUAACAAAAAUCCUCCCAACAUUUAUAAACUUCCUUUAAAAGCUAGUAUAGAAUUAAAAAAAAUCUUUAUUAAAAUUAUUCAAGAUCGAUUAAAAGCACAUUUUACAUGUUCAGGAAGAGUAAGAUGUUUAUUUCAAGGUGACAAUGCAUAUUCUUUGCUUAGUCAAAUCUUAAAUGAUGAGCAAUGGAAAGUUAAAUACUUUGCCAAUGAACAACAAACCUAUGUUAUAUUUCAACCUCCUCGUGAACAGGCACCGGGAUCAAUACGGAAAGAAAUCAAACCAAAAAUUAAACAAGUCGUAGUAGAUUGGUAUCAGAAAGUUAAAACUGAUAUGCAUGGACAUAUGAUUUGGGCCGG